AGGCCUUGGCCACAGUGACCACUUCUCUCGUGGUGGCUCAAACCUUGCCCCACGCCUGGGGGUGGGUGGGCAGUGGAACGUAUAAGGCAGACCCAGCCAUCAGGACACCUAGGCUUGUGCAGAGCCUCGUCCAAGGGUUGUGGUCGGGCUGGACCAGGGACGCUGUAGCCUCUCGCCAUGCCUGCCCCACCUGGGCAGGCGCUGGACUUCCUCCUGUCCGCCCUGCUGCUGGGACUCACAGCUGGGAAGUUCUUCAUCACCCUCACGGGCCCUUCCUCGAGGACAACCCCCGGAGCUUCCGUGCCUUUCAACUGCACGGCUGGCCCCUUCGGCUCCCAGGACAUCAAUGUCACUUGGCUGAAGGACAGCGACGAGCACCCAGCCUCGGCGCAGCACCUGCUGCCUCACGACGGAGGCAAUUACUCGGUCAGCAGCAAGGCCUGGGUGACGCUGGCCCGCCAGGACGUGUGGUCCACGAUCGCCUGCGAAAUCACACACCGCGUCCUGCCCAAGCCCCUGCGGGCGGCCCUGAACCUCUCGCAGGUGCUCCGAGUCAUCCCCACCCUGAGGAUCACCACCAACCCGUCUGCGACCCACGUCCGCGAGCGUCAGAGAGUGAACCUCACCUGCCACGCCAGCCACUUCUACCCCUCCCCCCUGUCCCUCACCUGGAUGGAGAACAGGCACACCUUCCUGACCGUGGAGUGGCCCGCGGUCACAAGAAACGCAGACGGGACGUACUCUCUGAAGCACACGUGGCAGGCAGAGGCCACGCUGGAAGGGAGUGAGUUUGCCUGCUGGGUGGUCCAGGAUGAUCAGCCUCCUGUCCAGGCCAACGUCACCCUGCGAGCACAGGCACCCGAGCCCAAGAAAGGCAGGAUGGCCCACUCCGUCAACCUGGAAGGCCCGCGUCAGCGCUCCAAGCCUGGCACCAGCAUCCAGCUGACCUACAGCUCCUCGGGGGUCUACACGCAGCACGUGACGGUCAUCUGGUUUAAGAACAGCAGCAAGCUGCCCAGGUCGCAGACCAGCGUGCAGCCCAGCGGGCACACCUACAACGUGACCAGCAGCGUGCUCGUGCCGCUCCGGGCGGACGACCUGUUCUCCUCCGUCGUCUGCCAUGUCAAGCACGGGCCCACGCUGGUCUUCGAGCAGUCUGUCCACCUGAGCCAGUACCUCCGGGCGUCCUCCGGCUUGGUGGCGGUCACCUGCCACGUGCAGAGAUUCUAUCCACAAAGUGUGUAUCUCACCUGGGUGGAGGACUGCCACACGCAAAAGGGAACCGAGCAGCCCCUGUCCAGGAGGAACGGAGACGGCUCCUACAGCCUGAAGAGCUUGCAUCUCGUGAAUGCGUCGGUGCAGAGGACUGAGCGGGUGGUUACCUGCAGGGUGCAGCACGAGGACCAGCCUCCCGUCCAGGCCAGCCUCAUCCUGUCCACGACAGCACGCACCCUCGGGAGCCCAGGUCUGGAAAUCCCUGCCGUUGUCUUUGUGGCCUUACUCCUGGGCCUCAAGGUUCUGCUGGUGUUGAGUUUCACGGUCACCUACAUCUGCAGGUGGCGACACCUGUGACAGUUCCUGUAUGCCCUGUGAUACGUUGCCUGCUGCCCUCUCCAGCGGGUUCAAUUGGGAAGAAGAAGCUGCAAAGACCCCUAGGUCACCAAGACCCCUGCCCGUCUCUCUGCCAUCCCAAUGGACAUGCUCCCUCCCCAACACUCCCCUGCUCUUCCCUCCCUCAGAGCUCUGGAGCUGAGUUACAGAUGAGGCCAUGGGCUGCCUUGGUCCCGCCGUGCUGAGUUACACUCCACUCUAAAGAGAAGCAGUCUGCUCAGGGAAACAGGGCUCCAUCCUGCCCUUGAUCAUGACCAGCUCUUAGUUUUCAGAGCACUUUCUUCCUUUUAUCUGAGGCUUUUGUAAUAUGAUUUUAUUUUAACAUGUAUUUAUUUUGAAAUCACCAAAAUAUUGAAUAAGCAGUUUUCUACUCUGAAAUCUAUAAUAUAAAAAAUACCCAUGGACCCAUCAUUCUGCCUUCACAAAAUAUUUACUUUUGCCAUUGUAUCCUUUAGUUCCUUCUUAAAAACCUUGUCUUGAAGUUGGUCAUUCCUAAGCAUGAUUUUACACUGUUAUGACAUAUGGAUAAACCCUUAAGGAACGGACAGCAUUCCUUGGCAUGUUUCAAAUUUUACAUGUUAUUAUAUUGUACACAGCAUUCUGGAACUUUAUUUAUUAUGCAUAGGAGUUUAUGGAAUUUAUCCCUGUAGAUGUGUGUAGCUCCAUUUGAUUAAUUCCCCGCUGCUCUGUGGUCUUCCAUGCAGGCAUACCGCACCGUUUAUAGAUUCUUGACAUGAUGGAGAGUGAAGCUUUAUUCAAUGUUUUUGCUGGGACAGCUUUGCAACAGACAUUCAUAUAUUUGUUUCCUUGGGUACACGUAGGAGAGUCCCCUUGUUCUCUGCUAGUGUUGUUCACAAAGCAACAGCGUUGUUAGCAUUUGGAAGCUUUUGUUGUAGAAAUUUGUUUGCAGUGUUGCUCUUUUUUCUGGCGAGUGUGUGUGUGUGCACCUGCAUGCAUGCUAUAGAUGGUAGCAUCUUUUUUCCUGCAAGCAUGCAUCAUCCAGCACUCUCAGAAUGCAUCUCCAUCCCUGCCAUCUAUCAACUCUCUAGAAACCUGAGCUCUCUUGAUGACCUCUUUGUUCCACUGAUCUACUUACCCCUCCCUUUGUCAACACUGCACUCUUAGUUUGAAUAACUUCGUAAUAAGUUUUGAUACUCCUUUAGGGCAAAUCGCCUCACCUUUUCUUGUUCAAAAUUGUCUGGCCUAUUCUUGGCCCAAAUGUAUUUUAAACUCACCCUGCUGAGUUUCAUGAAAACCCUUUUAGAAUGAUUUGAUUGCAUUGAAUUUAUACAUUAAUUUGGGCAAAUGGACCUCUUGCCAAUAUUGAGUCUUCCCAUUGAUGGGCAUAGCCUAUCUCUUCUUAUUUGGGUUUUCUUUUAUAACUGUCAAUUUAUAAUUUUGCAGUUUCUUCCCCCAUAAUGGUUGUAUGCAUUCUUAGAGCUACCUUUAAUACUUUCUGGUUUAUGAAAUCUCUAAAAAUUAUGAUUACUUUUUUUCACUGGUUUUUGACUGCUGAAUAGGCUUGAAGCUGGGUUUUGAACAUCAAUCUUAUAUUCAGAAAGCUUAUAAAAUUCCCUCGCUAUUGCUAAUAGUGUGGACAAUCUUUUUUGUGUAACUCCUUUACGCUAACCUAAUGGUCUUACACUCCAUUUUCAGCUGUAUCAAGGUUCCACGUGCACACAGGCUAGGAGCAGAACAGCCCUGUGAGUUCUCCGUAGGAAGCCUGGAGCCGGCCUGGCAGCCACGCACAGUCCACUCCCACCGGCUGCCAUCUGCAACCCUGUUAGCUGAUUAUGCCAGGUUUUACAUCUCACACACGGGUUGAUGAUGCUGAUUUUGAUUUUUUACUCUUAGGCAUUACUGAUUGACUUCCCACGACCCAUGUAAUGGCCUCUACUGCUGACUUCCUGUCACACUUGCUCCUCCCAUCCCCCCAAUGUGAUCAUCCCAUAAUUUGGGACAGCUUAACAGGCAGUGUCUUCAUUAUAAUGACCAAGUGAAUGCUAUUUAUAACCAAGCCUGACCAUUCCCAGCUUCUGCUUAGGUCGAGUCUUUCACACACAGCGCCGUGACCCUAAAGGGUUCCCUGUGGGUUGCUUCUUAGUGACCCCACUCCCACUAUUCCAAAUCCCUGGCAAAUGCUAACCUCUGCUCCAUCUCUGUCACUUUGAUGGUGAUCAGUAAGGACGCUCCUACAGUAUGUGACACUGUCUCUCUCUGUUCAACUGAAUGCCUUUAAGAUCCCUAUAAGUUGUCACAAAUACUUCCUUCCUUUUCUCCACCAAGUAGUAUCUCGUCAGAUGGAUGGGCAGUUUGUUUAAUUAUCCACCUGUAAGGUGUUCUGGUUGUUUCCAGCAUUCCAUCACUACAAAAUGAUAUGCUAUAAACAUGCAUGCAUAGGUUUCUCUGUGUACGUAAGUGUUCAUUUUCUGGGAUAAAUAUAUGGGAAUGCAAUUGUUGAGUCACUAUAAUAAGCUUAUGGUUCAGAUUUUUGAGAAAUUGCUAGCCUACUUUAGAUCAGCUGUGCCGGUUUACAUUCCCACCUGCAAUGGGCGAGAGAUGCCUUCUCCACGUCCUAGCCAGCAUUUGGUAUUGUCACCACAGUUUAUUAUCACUAUUCAGUUAAAUACAUAGUAAUAUCUCACUGUGGUCUUCACUUGCAUUUUCCUAAUGGCGGUGAAGUGAAGCAUUUUUUCAUUGUUUGGUUGCUAUUUGUAUCUCCUCGCUGGUGAAAUGUCUCUUUAUGUCCUUUGCCUGUUUAUAAUAAGAAUUCUUGGUUUUUUUCUCAUGUUUGCUGUUGAGUUGUGAGAGUUAUGUUGGAGAUUUGAGGCCUUUGUUAGAUGUGUGGUUUGCAGAUACU